CGUCAGAGUGAAGUCCGCAAGGAGACAGUUCAGGUGAAAGGAGGUUGAGGUGGAAAAUACGAGAUGCUCGGGAAGAGGAAAGUCUGAGGAUUCUGUAAUUUCAACAUUGCGGAUUUUCUUUCACUAAAACGUAGAGAAUAAAAGAUUAAUCUCGCCGCCACUGAUUACGACACACCGUGUUCUUCGACAAAGACGGCUGAGCAGCGCGAGCCGCGAAUAUGAUGCACGCGCUGUUAUCCAGCCAUCGCUCCGUGUCGAGCUUGCGACGCUUAUGUCACACAAUUGCUGAGGGGAAAUCAAGCGCAACAGUUACCCGAUAUUCCUGAUCCUUGACCGGACUAGAAUCCAGAAGAGAUUAGGGGAUGUGAUAAUAACCUUUGUGAGACAGGAAAAGGAAAGGACGCAUCUUUGGGGGGAUGCUCGUGUGUAGUGUGGAUAUCGCCACCAUAGAAACGUGGUGGCACUCGCCGCUGAUGGGGUGAAGUAGGUUACGGAGAGGUCCUGACGGUGGACCGCAUCCUGGACCGUGUGUGCCGUGGAAAUACAUGUUAGUGAAAAAUGCAAGGGGUGACGGUGACGGGAGAAGCGCCCACAUUGAAUGGGGGCGGAAGGGAGGAGCAGCGUCCCCUCAAGCAGUCCCUGAGUGGGUCGCUGUGCCGAGAGUCCCACUGGAAGUGCCUGCUGCUCACCUUGCUCAUGUACGGAUGCUUUGGCACGCUAGGCUGGUGCUCCCUGUACCGCAUCACCGUAAUGGCUUCUGAUGACCAAGGCCCCGCCUACUUCUACGGAGACCGAGCCCGACUCUAUCAUGACAGCCCGUGUUCCAACGGCUACAUCUAUAUACCCGUAGCCUUUCUGGCCAUGCUGUACAUUGUCUACUUGGUGGAGUGCUGGCACUGCUACUCAAAAACAGCUAACCUUGCUAAGGUGGAAAUCAGUGAGGUGUAUGACAGGAUACAGCGGUUGCAACAAGCUACACCCUGCAUCUGGUGGAAGGCCAUCAGCUACCAUUACGUACGACGUACCAGACAGGUGACGCGCUACCGAAACGGAGACGCGUACACUACUACACAGGUGUACCAUGAACGGGUCAACACACAUGCAGCGAGCUCAGAGUUCGAUUACUCGCGCCUCGGGGUCAAAGACGUUUCGAAGGAGCUGCAGGGCCUUUUGGAGCAUCCCGUCACCCGCUUGCGCUUCACAAAGUGCUUCAGCUUCGCCAGCGCCCGUGCUGAGACCGCCUACCUCACGCAGCGAGCGCGCUUCUUCGGGGACAACGAGGGUCUGGACGACUACAUGGAAGCACGGGAGGGUAUGCACCUUAAAAACGUUGACUUUCGGGAACACAUGCUGGCAUUCCCCAACCCAUUGCGCCCACCUUGGUACACCCGACGCUGGGUGUACUGGCUGGCCUCGGCUUUCCUGCUAUCGUGGCCUCUUCGUGUGAUUGCCGAGUAUCGCACAGCGUACGUCCACUACCACGUCGAGAAACUUUUCGGCGAGAACGAGGAUGCAAAUGACAAUGAUAAUACGGAGACGGGGAACUACUGUACGGGCUUUGAGCAUGGCACCGGGGGUCCCACUCUGCGCAUCAUAUCACGGGUCAACACGGUGGAUAUGACCGAACUGGAAUGGCACAUACGCUGUAACCAGCAAAUGGUGCCUAGCUACUCUGAGGCCUUGCUUAUGGAUUUGGAUGUGAAUACAAACACACCGUUAUCGGUCGCGAUGGCAGCACGUAUGCGACGCAAUUCUAGCUACUUUCUUCAGAGCUGCCCCAGGUGUCGGCCCUCAACGAGCAGCUCCUCGCUCCCUUCCUGGGUUAGAGGGAAUGUGGCUGCAGGGACAAACUCAUUCCCUAUUAGGCCCGGCGGCAGGCUGUCCCUUAGUCGCAGUGGUUUCUCUCUCGGCCGGUUACAGACCGCAAGAAGCCGCCAUCCCUGCCUGUUUCACUCGAGAAGCCUCGGAGGUGGGAUGAGCAGCCGGCUGGAAGAGGGCGGUGGGGGUUUCCUUGGUCUUGGGUUUAGAGUGCCAGAUGAGGAGAGGAGGGGUGUAUUAGAGAAUGAAGGGCUAGAAGACGACAACAUGGAGGAGACAGGCCAGGAACAAGUGGAGGAGAGGGAGAACGGAGAGACCAGGGAGGAUGAGAGAGACAGGCCACCAACUUACCAAGACGCUCUGUAUUUUCCGGUGUUAAUCAUUCACGGAGAAGAGAGUUGCCAUGGGGGGCAUGGCAUUGACACAGGUUAAAAGAACCGAUAUGGUGUAAAGAAUGUAUGAAGUGGCUUUUGAAAAGUAGAGGCAGAUUGACAUCUGAGGUGCAGAUAAGAGACAGGGAGAUCGAGAAAUUUGAAGAAGAGAUGAGAAUUUUUACCAGAACCAGGGUAGAAAAGUUGAACCCAAAGAGACUGAUUUGUGUCUCCGUGUAACACUGAAAAACAACUGUUCAUGAAUGUGUAGAAUGUUGUAGGGAUUGAAAUGAAAAUAAUACACAUUGGUCAUGUCAUAUCAAUGUCAAUUGACUUGAUACAGACUGACCCUAAAUAUAUAUGUAGUUCAUACCUAGUAGAAAAUACCGAUAGGCAUGGAACAUCAGUGUCCUAUAUUGAUCUUAAUGUCCUAUUAUUGAAAUCUCUGGCAUAUCAUGUCCAUAACAAACUCAAAGGUCAGUGUGUCCUCCUUUUGACUAUGGGAGUAAUGUACUUUACAUGAAAAGCGGGGCGUCUGCAACCUGCAUUUAACAUUGCAAAGCAGUUUUUGCGACUCUGCAUUAAUGUGAAACAGCCCAUGCUGGUGUAGUAUUGUAAAUCCAUUCGUAUACAACGUACCAGUAGCUUACGUAAAAAGGGACUGAGAUGUGAACUGCAUUUAUUAAAGUUUUUUAAUAUACAUUAGAAAGAAAGAAGAAUCAAAAAUCAGAUGGACAACUAAGGUAGAUCUGACAGAAGCAAAACCAACUGGUUCUCAGGGGGAAAAGUUUCAAAAAAAUAAAAAUAAUAGACCUAAUAAAAAGGGAUGGUAAAAGAUCAAUGAGUGAAUGUAGGCUGGUGAAUUGUAAUCCCUCACUGUUUGACACUGUGCUUUAAUCCACUGUCCUGGCUAAUGACUUCUUUUAAUCUCGUUCUUUUUAAUUGCCUGGUAGAAGCACGGUGCUUAUGACUUCACUUAUCUCUGCCUUAGAGGUUUCUUAUGUCAGCCUCGUGUCUACUGCAGCCAGCUGACAGUAACAGCAAUUCAAUGUAUUCCUCUUUAUUACCCAGCAUACACACAUUUGCUUUUCUAUCACGGUGGGGACCUUCCAUUGACUUCUUUUGGGUUUAUACUAAGCUAAUGAUCUUUUCUAUUCUUACCCUUAAAACUAACACUCACAAAAAGUUUUUUGCAUUUUUAGAUUUUCAUUAGUAUGUUUAUAAAACCAUUGUCCUUUAGUAUUCUUGUUGGUAUAUCUAUCCAAUACUCUUUUAUUCCUCCCUAGACUGUUAGAAUGUUUAACAUAUUGGAUUAAGCUCGUUUCAGUGUAAAACAACUACUGAUAAUAGAUAAAAUAGACUACUCAAGAUACAAAGUAGUGCAACAAUCCUCCACCCCAUGUAGUCACAUUGUUGAUAUGCACAUAGAAGAGCAAACAAGCAUAAAAAUAUAUGUGUAGCACAAGCACAAAGUGUCACCUACUAUACAAGCAGUGCAGGGAUCGAGUUAAAAUAAGCUGUCCUUGGAAACGCUGAAGGAACGAAUGUAUAAACAGCCUUGCACACGGAGAGGAGAUUAUUACAAAAAAGGUAAAGUCCAAAGCACACACCAAGAGCAUCCCUGUAUUGUUUGUAGAAUUUCUGCUAAUACUUCAACAAGCACUAGCAUAUCUUUCAGCAAUGAGGAAAUGAUUACAGUGGCCAUGACCAUGAUGCUCUUAUUAAUAAAGUCAAACCAUUAACAGUG